AUGUACGAGCUGAUGUUUGAAGAAUCUCCUUAUUUAAAUCACAAAUCGCAAAAGAUUUACAGAUUCAUCACACCCAAUACUAACACUGAAAAUCCUUUCAAUAUUCCAACUAAAGUGGUAAAGGGAUUGAGACCUACCAUUCCAUUUUCAUCCCUAGAAGAGCAGUAUAUUUGGAUAGAGGAAUUUGUUCUUCCUAGAGAACCAGAGAUGGAUGUUCAAAUUGUUUCGAACGUAUUUUCAUUAUUUAUCGAUUUGAUGAUUGAAUGUUGGAGUGGAAAAGCUCAAGAAAGGCCAGAUUUUGGAGAAAUUUCCGAAAGAUUAGGUGAAAUGUUGAGAACAUUAUAG